UAGAAGAACAAGCAAUAUGAAUAGUUAUAUUUCAGUAGCUCUUGUUGUUAUCUUUGCUGGAUGUUCAAUUGCCUAUCCCAUCCAUGCGUCCUGUAAAAUUCAAUGGACAUUUGGAAUCAGCUGUGAUAUGGUAAAAGAAAAAAUCAAGAGCCAGAUAUCUACCUGGUCUACAGCAGAUAACUGUCCAAAUGGAGCAGGAGAAAAAUGUCUGUAUUCGUUUGUGAGUGAAACAAGUACAACUAUUAUAGCAAAACACGAGACACCAGUUAAGCAUUACCUUGAUGAUUUGACCUUCACAUUGACAGCAAGUAACAGUAUGUGCAAUGUUAGGGGUUACUCCACCUCAGAAACAUGGUAUGCCCACCUUGACCAUAGCACAAACUAUUGUAACCUCAACAACCUGAUCACAGGAUCCGGACUGGACAAGGUUAACGGAUACACUGAGGUUACCAGUGAUAGUGUUUGUACACAGUAUUCCAGCAAAAAUUGCGCAAAAUAUUAAAUUAGUUAGUAAAAUUGGUACAGUUAAUGUUAUUAUGUCAAUAUAAAAUCUUUCGUAUUGUUAA